CGGACGCCGUUGUGAGGUGUUUGCGGGAGUUAGGGGCGCCCACACGUGGUGAAGGAAAGCAUCAGUGACUGCAGCGACAGUGAACUGGAAAGAGGAUAUUUCCUUGCUGACUGAUCGCCGUCAGUCAGCCGGAAUUCAACAGGCACUCUACUUGGACUAGGAAACAACUGCGAAAAGAGCCAUACGAAUGAGGGACAAAGAACCUUCACCCCCCCCCCAAAAAAAAGAGCGUCGUAGAUGCAAGGUCAAGUCGAAGCCAGUGCUCUCAGCGAGUUAGUUUCACACCCGCAGUUUGUCUAUUUCACUGAGAGCUCUCGGCAACAGCCUUCCACACAGAAGCAAACAGGAACAUGCUACUGCCUACUCGACCUGAGCAUGAAGACGCGGGGAGCUCCAACAUUGCCCGGGCAUUGAUUUGACUUUGUCUCAGUCUGACUCAUGUGAACCAAUAUAUCUGAGAUUGAAGAUGACGUUCUACAGGGAAGGCUUAAUUGACUAAAUGGAAAGGAAAUUGACAAUGAGCAGGAAAUAAAGUUUGCUACAUUAAGGAAUCAGAAAUGUUGUACCGAAGACUGCGAUAUUUUCGAUACAGGCUAUUUCGAUGGAUUUUGACAGGAAUUUGCUGCUCAUUAACAUUACUAUUUCUUGUAAGACGUGACAAGGGUCCUGUAAAUGAGCACCAAAAUUUGGAGCUUGUGGAAGAGGACCCCAGAUAUUAUGUAAAUUGCACUGGCAUUAUCAACGGAGAUGAAGAGACAAUAAAACUGGCAAAACUUCAGGCACUCACAACUGUGUACAAAAAGCGUCCUGUGCUUAAUGAAAAAGAUUACAUAGACUUGACCAAACAUUGCUCCAACUUCACCAAAUUACAAAGAUAUAUCACAUUUCCACUUAGCAAAGAGGAAGAAGAAUUUCCAAUAGCAUAUUCAAUAGUAAUCCAUCACAGGAUUGACAUGUUUGGAAAACUUUUACGCUUAAUAUAUGCGCCUCAAAAUUUGUAUUGUAUUCAUGUUGACAAAAAAUCAUCUCAGAGCUUCUUGGACACAGUUCGGAGCAUAGCUUCCUGCUUUGACAAUGUUUUUAUUGCCAGCCAGCUUGAAAAUGUAACCUAUGCAUCCUGGAGUAGAGUUCAGGCUGAUGUAAAUUGCAUGAAAGAUCUCCUUCAAAGGAAUUCAACAUGGAAAUACUUGAUCAAUCUUUGUGGCAUGGAUUUCCCUUUAAAAACCAAUUUGGAAAUGGUGGAAAAACUCAAGGCUUUAAAAGGGGCAAACAGCUUAGAAACUGAGAAGACUGCUCCACAUAAAGAAAAGAGAUGGAAACACAGGUAUAAAAUAAUAAAUGGGAGAAUAAAGGACACAGAAACGAAUAAAGAUGCUCCUCCAAUUGAAACACCAAUGUUUUCGGGAAGUGCCUACUUCAUUGUUAGCAGAAGUUUUGUGGAAUAUUUAUUUCGAAGCCCUAAAAUUCAAAAGUUUAUUGAAUGGGAAAAGGAUACUUUCAGUCCAGAUGAACACAUGUGGGCAACAUUACAAAGAAUACCUGAAAUGCCUGGAUCAGUCCCUGUUAAUAACAAAUAUGAUAUCUCUGACAUGAACUCUUUAGCAAGGCUAGUAAAAUGGAGUUACCUUGAGGGCGAUGUUUCCAAAGGAGCACCUUAUCCACCUUGCACCGGUGUACACGUCCGUUCGGUGUGUGUAUUUGGAGCAGGGGAUCUGAAAUGGAUGUUGCAGCAGCAUCACCUAUUUGCCAAUAAGUUUGACACCGAAGUUGAUGGGUUUGCACUUCAAUGUUUAGAGGAGCAUCUAAGACAUAAAGCUAUCAACCAUCUUUUAAGUUAUACUGAGACAUGAUCUUCCCAAAGAUCUGGGGAAAAAAUUUCUCAAGACAGAAUUGGCGGUUGCCUGUCUUUCUUCAUAAUUUCAUGAUUUGCAAACACAUUAUAAAAAUACUAUUUAUGAAGCAUACAACCCUGAUAUUGAAUGCAGGAAUUUAAUGCCAGGCUAUAUCUAGGCUAAGGGCAAGCAUGCCUGCUCCUCUGCCCACAAGCUAUUUUGUAAUGGCAAUUUCCUUUUCCUCACUUCUCUUCAGGCCUAGAAAAUCUGGCCAGCCAUGUUAAACCUACAAUGUAGUUUAUGUGUGAGACUCGCAGUCUCAUAUAAUUAUUAAAUGGACAUCCUGUCUCCUGGAAACUGGGAUAACCAUCCAUUUGUUGUUUUACCUUCACUGGUAGGUUGAGGUUGAGUUUGAAAUUUUAAAAACACCUCACGCUGGAUGUUAAGAGUACCCCCAUUAUUCCUGCUGCUGAAUUUUAAUUGCAGACCGGUAAUUAUGGAGAAAAACUGCCAAUUUCCUAUUUUUCAUUAUAUUUGCUCUUUUCAUUAAAAGAGUAAAUCCACCAAACUUACCAGGCUGGUACUGGGUUGAUGGCUCAUAAAUUUACCAGGUUACAUCCUAGAUUAAGCUCUUUAUGUAGUAGAAAACAAGUUUUUUAAAAGCACUGCCUCUGUGUUCAGCGAACAAUAUGUGCGUGCACUUCCUUGCCAAAUUACAAAAACAUUGAAUAUUUAAAGGAGAAAACUUCAGGUCAAGUCAUGCUUGUUAUUCAACAGGACAAAAUGCAAAUUUGCAUUGUCACUUUUUAAAUUAAACAGGUUGGAAAAAAGAACUGGUUUAAAGCCACUUAUUUUCAAAACCAUAAUUAUUUUUAUCAGCAAAAUGGCUUAAUAAUAUUCUCUGCAGAGAUGAGUCUCUGUCUUAAUUUGGCUCAAUUCAAAUUUAGUAAUUACAAUUUGUUUGCAUAGAGGGCCUUUGGAUUCUGUUCCAUGUAACCCUUGAAGUAAAAGAGUACUUACCCAGUGGAAAGCUUUGCAAGCUUGCCACACUAACAUCUGUGGUUAAAAACUUUUACUGUCUUGUAGCCUAUUUUUCUACAUUCUCAUUUUUUAAAUGACCUUGUACCGUGCAAACAUUGCACACCUAAUUUACAUGGAAUUGUACAGAAAGUGUUAUACAGAAAUUGAACAUUCAAUGCUCCCCCAAUUCAUCAAUUCCAGUAUUUAUUCUCUGUGUGAACCAUCUUCCAUUCUACUUCAUCUCAACCUAUUGAAAAAGUACUUUUAUUUCUUUCUCCCUCAUGCAUUAAUCUAGGCUCUAUUUAAAUACAACUAUGCUACUCACUGAAGUAUUCCGUUUGUUAGCAGGUCCUACAUUUUGACCACCUUUUCAGUAAAGAAUUACCACGCUGAAAAGAAAGACAUAUUGCUAAAGCUUUUCAUCUUGCACUCAUCAGAACAAAUACAAGAAUGUUAAAUUUCAAACAAUUACAAACAUUUGGCAUUCUUGUCAUUGUCCUGAUGAUUGCAAGAUGAAAAGCUUCAUCAACAUGUCAGUUUUUUUCAGUAUUGUUCAAGUUCUGAACUUUCAAGUGGCUAGGGAAAUUUCCUUAAAUGUCUAGUUCAACAAGAAAUUUCUCAAUUGAAACCACAUUUCACAUUCCCUGAUCUUUAAAGCAAUGUAUAGGUUAAAAAAUCCAUUCUAUGAUUGCAGUUUUCAUAUAACAAUAUUUGAAUGUCAGGAAUUUAGUGGUUUAUCUUUGAUAAUUGUGUGUGUUUACAUCAACUUUGACAUCAGUUUGAUAAAUUGCACUCUUUCUGUGAGUCAAAUCCCUUCUCCCCAUCCUCUUUAAUUUUCAGCAUUUUCUGUACUUCCUAUUUAUCAAAACUCUUGACUGAGAAACAGAUAAAUGUCUGCCAUAUUCUCAUACUUCUAGCAAGAAAUUAGCCUUAGACUGUGUUUUCUACUGUUGAUCUUUAGCAUAAUUCAAAGCACUUCAAGAGUGAGUUAGAAAUUUGGUUUGCUGUAUGGUUCCAUGCUCCCUAUGAAUCGCAGGUUUAUUUUGUUAGUUUGUUACAUUAAAAUAAUUCUCAAAUGCUCAUGUAUUUCUUAAAUUCAAGGGCAAUAUCUUUGCUGUAUGUUAGUAGAUUAACUUCAACAAAGCUCCAGGCUUCAAAUUAUCUGGUAAAUCAGGGAAAGUGGCAUCAUUCAGCAUCAAUACCAUUCUAUGCAAAAUAAUUAACAAUCAGUGUAGAUUGAAUAUUUUUCUUUACUCAGCCACUCUUUCCUCUUGCCAAUCUUUAAGCUGUUGAAAUCUGUGAUUUGUGUUGACCUAAUCAUUCUUCCAGUUUUACCUAGUCCACCCUUUCAUGCUGUUCAACAUUGUCUUGCAAUACAAAUGAUGAUCUUUCAUCUUGAUUUCACAAUUAAAAAUAAAGUCGAUGUGUUCAGGAGACUGAGCUGAGUGAUUGAAGAGACUUGGCCAACAUUCUCUCGAGUUUAGAAAAAUGUGAGAUGAUCUCACUAAAGUUCUUUCAGCGUUCAAUGGGGUAGAACAACAAUGAUGUUUCUCUUAGCUGGGGUAGGAGAUUUCUAGAGCCAGUGGACAACAGGCUCAGAAUAAGAGGGUGGCCACUUAAGACUGAGAUAAGGAAGAAUUUCUUCACUCAAAUGAUACUGAGUGUUUGAAAUUUUGUACACCAGAUGGCUGUGGAGCUCAGGUCAUUAACUAUAAUCAGUACAAAGAUUGAUAAAUUUCUGGAUAUCAAAGAUAUCAAACAAAAGUGUGAGAAAAUUGCUUUGAGUUAGGAAAUCGAUCCUUCACUAGCUAAGUGGCAGAGCAUGCUCAGGUUUAUAUAAUUCCAAACUCCUUUUUCCUAUGUAAAUGACAGUCAUGUUAACAGUUUGUGUUGAACUAAAUAUGCCAUUACUGUAGGCAAUGUUAUUUCCAAUUGUCGAAUAAAUGCAAAAUACUGAGUGUGCUGAAAAUCUGAAACAAACACAAGUAAUGCUGAAGAAACUCAGCAAGUCUGACGGUAUCUGUGGAGAGAUAAAAAACAAGAGUUAGUGUUUUUGAGUCCGAUAUGACUUCUUCAAACCAGACUUGAAAUGUUAAUUCUGUUUCUCUCUCCACUACUUCUGCUAGAGCUGCUGAGUUUCUCCAGCAUUGUGUGUUUGUUUAUUACUUCCAUCAAGUGUUUCAAAUUAAUCCUUGUCAUGCUACAAUGAGCUAUGGGCUCUCUCAGGAUGGCCAGUAGUAAUGGCCAUUCCACUUUUGCUUUGACAUGUUAGACUUUGUACUUUUGAUUGACUGUAAGGUCAAAAAGAUUCGUGAAAGUGAGGAAAAAUAAGAAAAACAAGUGAAACAAUCAAAGUUCAUUUCUAAAUUUUAAAAUCAUCUGAAUUAAUGGAGAAGGUCAGAUCAUGUAACAAAAUGGUGAAGUAUGAUUUAGAGUAAUAAAGGCAGGGAAAAACAAACAAGAAAGAAUAGAAAUGGGAUAAAGAUGGGGAAAGUAAAAUUAAAUUAUUUGUAUUGUUGUAUAUUUAUUUCACAUUGCAGUUAGAAUUACAGUAUAUGACAAUAAUGAAUUCACUUCUGUGGCUAUAUUUUUCUCGAUGAUGGAUUUAUAGACUAGCAUAGCCCUGAAAUGCACUUCUGUCCAAAAUACAGUUCGACUGAGAAUCAGCCAAAUUUUGUUCAGUGCGUCUUUAAUAUAUUGUUAUAAAAACAUAGAAGUUAGGAGCAGGAGAAGGCCAUUCAUCCCUUCAAGUCUGCUCUGCCAUUAUUCACGAUCACGGCUGAUCAUCCAACUCAAUAGCCUAAUCCUGUUGUCUCCCCAUAACCUUUGAUCGCAUUCCCCCUAGUGCUAUAUCGAGCCACCUCUGAUAGAAACACAGAAGUAAGAAACUCUGAAGAAUCUUAGCACCUAAUACCUGUAUACAGUCUACACAUUGAGGGGGAUUGAGGGCAGGUUACUAAAGAAUUAUCAUUUGAGUUGUCAUUGUCUGAUAUUUGGCACAGCUUUCUUUUGGAUUUGAAAGAAGGUGCCUUAGGAGAGAGGAACUUGGUGAAUGUCUGCUUCCAUUAUUUCCUGUACAGCUAUUCCCUAUCGGAAGAGAUUUACAACAUUUUUAAAGACAGUUGUAUCGUCAUGCAUUGCCUCAUGUUCACGAUAUUGUACAAGUAGCUCUGAGAUUAUAAUUUCCAUUUUAAAAUAAAAGUGAAUUUUCAGCAUGCUUUCAUGAAAUUGCAAGCCAAAUGAGCCCAUUCCGUAUACUUCCUGAAGUGACCUAAUAAGUUACUCAGUUGCAAGGCAGCAGUUGUAAAAGUGUAAAUAUUAAGCAAACUUACUGACAAAAUGCAUGCAGUAUUCAGACAUUUCCAAGCAGUUAAUCUUACAAAGUCCUCAUCAUUUAUUUGGAAAUUGAUACUUGUUUUGGGAAAUUUUAUAACCAUUUAAAAUGAAUGAAGCUGCACCAUUGACAAUGAAGCAGUAGCCUAAUGUUGUAAUGUUCAUAGAAUCUUACCUUUCAGCUAAUACUCUAUGCUCCUUCAUUACUGUCCCUUAGCAUACCUUGUCUCAUCAGUUGCAUUAGCAAAAACAGUGCUGGGGAAUUGAUGAUGUGCAGCUAGAUAUGCUUGACACUGAAAGUAUUCAAUAUUGAUUUCAGACCUUUGUCCAGUUGACUGAUUCAUUACAUAACUCAGGAAGUAGCUGAUGAUCAUGCCACAAACACCAUGGAUAAAAUUUUUCUUUCUACAGUCUGGUGUAUAUGAUGACAAGAAAGGAAACAAAAUACGAUGUGAAUGCAAACUCAGACUCAAUGAUAAGAAAAAAAUUCUCAAUUUUCCCCUCAAAACCUAAAUUACAAGUUCAGAAUAUUGUCAUUGAAGAGUGAUUACCUUAUUUUCAUGCAUUUGCAUCUUAUUUAUAUGCCACUUCUAAUUGUCCUUCCUUUCACUGAAAAAUUAAAUGAUUCAAAUUCCAGAGUAGUAAAAAACAGCAGUCAUUUAAAGGCUGCAGUUCUCUGAAAGAUUAUCCUGGCCAUUAUUCAACUGUGUCGUCAAAUGUUCCUGCAUGUUUCAUGGUCACCAUCCUCCUUGAAAGACAGGUUUGGAAACCCAUUCAUUGUGUCUGUUUUUGGAUAUACUCUAACACCGUUUCAGGCCUUCAAUGUUUUCUUUGCAGCUCAGCAGCACAUGUAACUUGUAUACUUCUGCCAUACCACGUUGUGCAUAGGAACAGACAUGUGUUUCGUGCAUGUACACAGAAUGCUCCUGUGCUGACAUGGACACGAGUUUAUUGCUGUUAGGUUGCUUUCUUAUAUUUCAGUCACUGUAGCACUUACUUGGAGACUGCCUGUGUGACUUACCAUUUUUUUUAAUGGACUUUGAUUUUACUUACUUUGACAAAAUUACAAGUUACACAAGGCCUUUAGUGCUCAGUUCCAAGAUGCCAGCCUCAGUGACUUGCAUUGCUUUUUCACUCAGUGAGAGAGACAGGCAGUUUGUGACAGUUGUGGGGGUUAGGGUUGUGCCAGGGGCACUGAAAAGUUAAUCUAUUAGUCAGACAGGGGAUGGGCAUGUCAAUCUGCACUACCAUGCUGCAUCAAUACAGCAUGUGCAAGCAGCUUCAGUGCCAGAAACUACAGCUUUCAAGUAAAUGAUGACAUGUGAAAGCCAAAGGACUUAAUGUGGUGAAGGGGCACUCAGUCAAUGAAUAGGUCAAAUCUAUUUACACGAUGGGGCCAUGGCCAGUUAGGUGUUUGGUCCCACCAAAGUGCACGAUUCUGCAUUCUUGCAGUCUCAGGAUUUGGCCACAUUCAGUUUUGCAGGUCAAGUGCAACAGUCCAAGGUCACAGGCAAGUCAGAUUGGCAAGCUGUAUUGACAUUAGGCCAGAGGGUAGACCAGAUUUUCCUGCAAUGAGACAAAACGAGGGAUUGAGCAUGAUGCAAUCCCAGGUCUCUAGCCAUGUAAUUCUCCAAGAAAGGUACCCAAGAGCUCAGUUUCAUAUUAAGUGAAGGGAAGAGUGGAAGAUUGAGAAAAUUCACUCCAGGCCAUGUUGAGUUGGACACAAUGAACAUACUUAUCAAUAAACUUAAACAGCAGUUGACAAAAUUCUGCCUUUUGUGUACAAUAAUACUGAGGCUGUAAUACUGUAGACAUGUUGCACUGACAUUAACUGGCCUCCUAUUAAGUUAUUCCUAUCCAGAUGGGGAUUUAUUUAAAUAUUUAGAUCUGUAAAUAGUGAGACACAUUCUUGCCUGAUGAAGGGUAAUACCUGGAACAUUGAAUUCUUUCUUCCAGAUGCUGCCUGGCUUACUGUGUUCUUCCAGCCUCCUGUUUGUCUACCAUCUAUCAGUCUCUUCCUAACAAUUAACAAAGUGAUGGCACUGGCACUAGUACUACUGUCAAGCUACUAUUAGAGUGUUCGCUGUACCUAAGUCAGGGUCUGGCAUAGUGACUGUGCUCCAACUCACUUUUCAACAUUGUGGAUACAAAAUUGGAAUGCCAGAUGGGAGAUCCUAACUCCACUAAAUAAUGCAACAUUUGACUAUUUAUAGUACCAAAGAUGCAUGGCAAAAUUCAGUGGAUUAAUGGUUAAAUGUUUUGGCAUUGUACCUGAUUGCCAGGUGGGAUUACCUGGUGGGAUUUCAGGAGGCCACUUAUUGCAGUCCUAGGACACUGUUUCAGAUGUCCUUCAGGACAACAUCCUCUGGCUGAACAUUUUCUGCUAUUUCAUUAACAAUCUUCCAUGUUUGCAUGGUAGAAGUGUGGUUGUUUGCUUGCAUUGAACAGUGUUCUGACUGGCAGCUCUUUGGACAAUGACACAGCCCACGUCAGGCUAGAUCAGAUUUUAGAUAAUAUCUAGGUUUGGAAAAAUUGCAGACAACGUUGGUGCUUCAGCAGCACAAAGCAAUCACAUCUCCAUAGGGAUGACAACAACAACAACAAAGUUGCUGGAAAAUCUCAGCAAGUCUGGCAGCAUCUGUGAAGGAAAAGAGUCAAUAUUUUGGGUCCGGUGGCCCUUCCUCAGCACCAGCUCCAAAACAUUGACUCUAUUUUUUUUCCUUCACAGAUGCUUCCAGAUUUGUUGGGCUUUUCCAGCAACAUUGUUUUUGUUCCUGAGUUACAGCAUCCGCAGUGUUUUCAGUUUUUAUUCCAUAAGGAUGACCUUUAUUUUGGACAAAGCCCACCAAUUUCCUGGGAGUGUACACUCAAGGAAUAAGAAUUGAUUAGUACCUCGUCCACUAAAUCAGUAGUCAGUACUGCUGUAUUGUCGCUUUCAAAUAUGUUAUCUAUUUAGUUGGGCAGCCUCUUUCAAUGUUGUGAGCUCUAUUUCCAAAAACGGGAAAAUAAUCCACGAUCAAAAACAAGGAAGUGUUAUCAUAAUCCUCUUGCUGUAAGUCGAUAGUGAGCCACUUCAGAUCUCCUGCUACUGGAAGAGCAAUAGGAGGUUAUAUUGAAAGGGAAAACAAAAGUAGGAAAGACUUAAUUUUUAACAGCCAUUGUUUAAUCUUUGUAGGUACAGUGGCUCUGAGCAGGGCUCGUGCAGCUUGCAUUUUGUCCAGUCUGCAAUUCAACAUUGCAUUGGGAUCCUGUGUAGAAUUACAAUUUGUAUGGGCCAAGGAGACCCUGCUUCCCUGUUUUCCACAGGAGCCCUUGUCACUCAUACAAAAGCUUCCUAAAAAUAAAGAUGGCCCACAUAUCAUAAGCAAGGGAGCAAUAAGUACUGCAUCAAUAUUUUCAUUGCAUUACCUCAUGUUCUCAAGAAAAAUCUGAGGAUGGAAAGCAGCCCCAGAGGCAAUAUGUCCGUUGUACUCUAAAUCUUAAUAGUAAUGUGACAACUUGUGAUUAACAUGUUGCUGUUUUCCAGACAUGUCAUUUCAUUGAUGGUACUUUCAGGUUGGGAGCUGGGAAGUGGUCAUGGCACGGCAUUGCUUGCUCUAUUCAUGGAGGCAAUCAAUUUUUAAAAAGCCAUUUGCAGGAGCCCCAUCAAAUUAAGCAAGAUGUGCAAUCCAGGGAAGUAAAUAGCCUUCCAGUCAGCCAGAAGCCAAACCAGAAAUAUGGGAGCUGUUGAAUCAGGCUGGAUGCCAUGAAGUUGCCUCAAAUGAAGGUACUCUGCAAUUGCAAAAAGUUAAAAAUGUUUUCAUGGCCAUAACUAUCAGGCCACCUGUGGCAAAGGGCUGUCACUGACAGAAGGCCCAGAUUCUGACUUCUGCAAAGUUCCCAUUUGUCCCGGUAAGUUUCUAGGGAGCCAUCCAAUUGACCCAUUAUGGGUCUCGUUGGCUGCCUGCAGUUGUCCCUGUAGUUUUGAUCCUAUCAACCGGCAGGGUCACUUGAAGACAGGAAUGUGUCACACAGCUGGCCCAAAGUGUUAUGUUCAGAUUUUGCUUCCAGCCACAACUCAGCCUAUCACUGGGAAAAUUUAGCUUAUUGCCUCGGGAGGGAAACAGGACAUCUUCAAUCGGGCGAUUAGUAUUUUGUCUCCACAGUAGGUUUAUGAUCAUCCAUCAUAAUUCUAGUGAUCAUACUGAAUGAUUUGACAACACUGCAGAUUGAAUUUUGUGUCACAUAAUGCUGUGAUUCUGUUUUUAUUUUUACUGUACAAUUUAAUUGAAUUAAUUAUUUAAAAUAAUAAACCUUUUGUACUUUGAUUUUUAAUCAGAUUGCUGUAUAUAAUGUUUAAUUUUCAAUGAAAACUUUCUGUACUGAAAUUCAAAAUUACAAAAUGAGUUAUGUGCUUGUGGUGAUUGAAGCAGAACUGCUGGCUCUACAGCUUUUACAAAUGCUUAAAUGGGCAAAUAAAUGGUAGAAUGUGAGUUUUUUUGUGGGAAGGAAAUAUUUUGUAAAUUGCGGUUCUUCCUGAAAUAGCAAUGAAUGUUACAUUUGUGGAUUAAUGAUUAUAUUUAUUGCUACGACCCCAAUAUACUUUACCAGCACUUCAACUGAUAUAAAGACCUGAAUGUAUUUGAAAAAGGUAGUAUUUCUUUUAUUUCUAAGCAAAAUAAUUUAUAAUACAAUCUUGAAACCAAAGUACAAGGCAACGUAUUAAAGUACUCUCAUGAAAUCAUACAUCCAGCUUUAAAAUAAAAGAAUUAAAACUCCAAGUUUAGAAGAAAGCUACCAGAAUGGAUGCCCUUUAAAAUGUGUACUAAUGAUUGAUUUACUGUGUGCCUUGCUUUUAUGUUUUAAUGUCACAUGUUCUUGAAUGAAAAAAGAAAAUUGUUUCCAAUCAAUGAAAACAUUGAAAAGU